AUGGGGGCGAAGCGCGGUGAGUACGAUGCGGAAAAACGGGAGGGAGGGAAGAAGCACAAGUAUGGCAAGGAGGAAAUGAACGGAGGGGGGCAUCUAUCGGGGGAGGUCGAAUACGACCUGGAGAUAGAGACCCGCCUGGAGGAUGAAGAAUCGGAGAACCACAUCGGAAGUGGCCCCACCGGCACAAUCGCACGCAAUCACAACAACAACCACAUAAACAUAGGUAACCUAAAAGAGGAGGUAGUCCAAAACGACUUCAAUAACGAUGACCUCGAUGACAAGACCCUCGGGUUGGUAAAAGACAAAUCUAUUAGAAGAAGAGAAAAUGAAUUCCAGAGGAGAAAGUAUGACUAUAUUAUGUCUCCUGGGAGGGCGGACCCGUUUGGGGAGAAGAGUCCAUCCCCCGGGGAAAGAACCUACGCAGAUGUAAUGAUGGAUAUAAAAAAGGAGAGUAACAAAAUGAAGCUUUCCAAGGGUUCUGCAAAAGAUGUUGCAGCGGGGGGGAGUAGAAAGAUGCGGUGGGGGGUCACAGAAAGUGACGCCGUUGGGACAGAACCGGGGGAGUCCACCACGUUAAGUAAAGCAAAUGAAGUGAUGAAGAAGGAACAAGGAAAAAGUAAGUGGGAUUCCUUAUCCGAAGAGGAGAGAAAAGCCACCAGUUUUGGUAAUAUGCCUACGCCCGCACCGUCCAAGUGGGUUGAUACGCCAUUCGUACUGAACGACGGGGGUGGAGUGAAGAAGAAGAAAAUUUCCAGGUGGGAUAAAGUCGGGGAAGGGACUGCUGCACCAGCGGCCGAUAGUCUCUCCCAAAGUGAUAUGAUGAAAACGCCAAAAGUUGUUGGACUUGGUGGGGCUACCCCUGGUGGUAUGAUGAAAACGCCGUAUCUCAUGCCUGGAAGUGGGAACUUUGUAAAUACGCCAUAUGUGAUGAACCAAUUGGGUACCGCCCCAACGAUGCUCACACCCAUGACACCGGGGAUGGCUUCCGUCUCCGUCGACUCGAUAAUAAAAAUGAAAAUAAAAAACGAAAUGGAGAUGCGAAACAGACCACUAACGGAUGAAGAUUUGGAUGAGUUGCUUCCCUCUGAAGGGUAUGAAAUAGUGCAGCCCCCGGAGGAAUAUGAGGCAAUAAGGAGGAACAAAUUAAAGGUGUUUUUUAAGACCAUGGCUAGCACUGCGGGGACGCCCUUCCUGAUGGGUAGUGGAACGGUCGGAGGAGGCACCACCUCCCUACCGGAUGAUAAAACGGGUGAGCAUACCACAGGUGUGAUGCAAACCCCUUACACAAAUAAUAACAGGAUGAAUAGUACCCUAAUUAGUGGGACUCUUCCCAGCGGCACCCCUUUUUACGAAAUUCCAACCGCUACGACCAGCCAAAUGAAGGACGCAGAGGGGGCAGAUGCACAGUCAGUUUUGCAAAGUAGCCAAUUCCAAAUAAACAACCCCCAAUUGUUAAGUGAGUUAAAGUAUGUGCAGCUAAAAAAUGAGGACUUCAUCUAUUUUAGCAAGUUGUUUCAAACGGUAGAUGAGAGCGACUUAUCACAGGAUGAGCUGAAGGAGAGGAAACUUAUGAUUCUUCUUCUUAAGGUAAAGAAUGGAACCCCUUCUGUUAGACGGGCAGCUCUAAGAGCCAUCACAGAUAAGGUGAAGGAACUGGGUCCAGAAACCUUGUUCAACUUAAUUCUCCCCCUAAUGAUGCACAACACGUUAGAGGACCAGGAGAGACAUCUUCUCGUAAAAGUCAUUGAUCGAAUUCUUUUCAAACUGGACGAUUUAGUUAGACCAUAUGUGCAUAAAAUUUUAGUUGUCAUUGAGCCGUUGCUGAUUGACGAGGAUUAUUACGCCAGAGUGGAAGGAAGAGAGAUAAUAAGCAAUCUAGCCAAAGCGGCAGGAUUGGCAACGAUGAUUGGUAUUAUGAGACCAGACAUAGACCACCCAGAUGAGUAUGUGAGGAAUACCACCGCUAGGGCAUUUGCUGUUGUUGCAUCUGCACUUGGUAUUCCAUCCUUGAUUCUGUUUUUGAAGGCUGUCUGCCAAUCGAAGAAAAAUUGGGAAGCCAGACACACAGGAAUAAAGAUCGUUCAGCAGAUUGCUAUUCUAAUGGGUUGUGCCGUUUUGCCGCAUCUGAGACAGUUGGUUUCUAUAGUGGCUCAUGGGUUGCACGAUGAACAACAGAAGGUAAAGACCAUCACUGCGUUGGCCAUAGCGGCCUUAGCAGAAGCAGCAGCACCGUAUGGGAUCGAAGCGUUUGAUUCUGUUUUGAGACCUCUCUGGAAGGGUAUCGCAGAACAUAGAGGUAAAGUAUUGGCUGCUUUUUUGAAAGCCAUCGGAUUGAUCAUCCCGCUUAUGGACCCAUACCAUGCAAGUUACUACACGAGGGAAGUUAUGGUCAUCCUCAUAAAUGAAUUUAACUCCCCCGAUGAAGAAAUGAAAAAGGUUGUCCUAAAGUGUGUGAAGCAGUGCAUACAAACGGAGGGUAUUGAAAAGGAUUACAUUAACCAAGAAGUGGUGAACCCAUUUUUUGAAAAAUUUUGGGUUCUAAGAAGUAGCCACGAUAAGAGGAAUCUACAUCUAAUAGUCGAAACGACGGUUGAAAUUUCAAACAAAAUAGGAGGAGCAGUUGUUAUUGCCAGGAUAGUGGAUGACCUGAAGGAUCCCUCUGAGCAGUUCAGAAAAAUGGUCAUGCAGACUAUACAAAGCAUUGUAAAUAAUCAGGGGGUAGACGACAUAGACCAGACGUUAGAGGAGCAGCUCAUCGAUGGGAUUUUAUACGCCUUCCAGGAGCAAGCCUCAGAGGACUAUUACGUUCUGUUGAACUCCUUCGAUGCGAUAGUAAAUAAGCUGCAAGUGAGGAUGAAGCCCUACCUACCCCAAAUAGCAGGAAUCAUCCGAUGGAGACUGAACACCCCGUUGCCAAAAAUUAGACAACAGAGUGCAGAACUGAUUGCCCGAAUUGCUAACCUAAUGCACCUCUGUGAGGAGCACCAAAUGUUGGGCCAUUUAGCACUGUACCUGUAUGAGUACCUUGGGGAGGAAUACCCCGAAGUGCUUGGAAACAUCAUCGGUGCGUUAAAAUCCAUUGUAGUCGUUUUGGGCGUGCAAAAUAUGACUCCACCGAUAAAGGACCUCCUACCGAGAAUAACCCCAAUUCUAAAGAACAGACAUGAGAAGGUACAAGAAAAUGUGAUCGACCUGAUUGGGAUCAUUGCAGACAAGGGAGGAGACUUGGUUUCUCCAAAGGAGUGGGAUCGCAUCUGUUUCGACCUAAUUGAAUUGUUAAAAUCAAACAAAAAAUUAAUUAGAAGAGCAACUAUCCAGACGUUUGGCUAUAUAGCCAGAACGAUUGGACCCUUUGAAGUUUUAACAGUUCUACUAAAUAACUUACGGGUUCAGGAGAGACAACUAAGAGUGUGCACCACCGUUGCCAUUGCGAUCGUAGCAGAUACAUGUCUUCCCUAUUCCGUCCUGGCUGCACUAAUGAAUGAAUACAGAACCCAGGAUCUGAACGUGCAGAAUGGAGUGCUAAAGGCUUUAUCCUUCAUGUUCGAAUACAUUGGGGAAAUUGCAAAAGAUUACGUCUACGCAGUGGUGCCUUUGCUUGAGCAUGCUCUCAUGGAUCGAGAUUUAGUGCAUAGACAAAUUGCCACGUGGGCUUGCAAGCACUUGGCACUUGGUUGCUUUGGACUAAACAGAGAAGACGCAUUAAUCCACCUGCUAAACUACGUGUGGCCAAACAUUUUUGAGACGUCUCCACAUCUGAUCCAGGCAGUCAUUGAUUCUAUUGACGGGUUCAGGGUGGCCCUCGGACCUGCCAUCAUCUUCCAGUAUCUAGUGCAGGGCAUUUUUCACCCCUCCAGAAAGGUGCGCGAAAUUUAUUGGAAAAUCUACAACAACGUUUACAUCGGUCACCAGGAUAGUCUCGUCCCCAUCUACCCCCCGUUUGAGCGUCUCGACGACAGCAACUUCGCGCGUGACGAGCUGCGCUACACGUUGUAA